GGUGGCUCCGAAAUCCAUGUCAUCUAUUGACAUUCCUCCACUCACGACCGUCAGCUCGUUUUCAACAGAGGGACUACAGAUCCGAUUAAAAGUCCAAUCAGUAUAUACAAAUGAUGACAACCUCACGUAAGUCUUUUUCUCUUGUUGUUCUCUUUUCUGGUGUUUGGUUUUCAAGGCUAAAUCAUCUUCUGACGUGUUUUGGUAUUUGUGUUUCGAAAUCUUGCCUGGUCUGUCUGCAAACGGACACGGAGAGUGUUUUUACAUCUUGUAAGAUUUUCUGAUUUAUCACUUACGCCCGCAUUCUUACGUCUUGCUUUUUCACUUCAUAUAUCGAGUCUUCCAGCCUUUGACUUGUUGAGUUUGCCGCGGGUUUCUGGACACUCAUUAUUGUCUAAUUUUCCAUCAUUCCAUCGAUUGAGGAACAAAAAUCUAAUCUUUUUUAUGCUCGCAUCAUUGCCACCAUGAAUUCUCUCCUUACCCUUCUCCCUCGUAAUCAACUCGAUAGAUAUGCAGAUUGCACAGUCGAUACCUGUCCCAUCUCUACAUCCUAUUAUUUCUAUCGUGUAUCAAUCGGCGCAAAUGCCGCUUUUCUCGCACUUUUCUGCCUCUCAUUCCUCGGAUUUUUCCUUACAUAUGCACUCACUCGUCGUGCGACGGCCUUCACAGUCGCCAUGUGCGCUGGUGUUAUACUCGAAAUCAUCGGGUAUGUGGGUCGUAUAAUGAGUUGGGAGAACCAAUGGAAGCAGAAUGGAUUUCUCAUGCAAAUCGUUUGCCUGACAAUUGCACCGGCGUUUAUGGCAGGAGGUAUCUAUUUGUGCUUGAGAAGAAUCGUGUAUGCGUUCGGACCGGAAAAUUCCCGGAUUAGCCCAGAGGCUUAUACUAGAAUUGUAUGUACCCGAUGAAUCAUGCCAUUUACGCUUCUACAUAUGAAACUAACUAUCUCACAGUUCAUCCCUUGUGAUCUCAUGUCCCUCCUGCUUCAAGCCGCAGGUGGCGGGUUGGCAUCCGCAGCCUCACAUCAGAACAAAUCGCCAGACACUGGUGAUAACAUCAUGGUAGCCGGCCUUGCAUUCCAAGUCUUCACUCUAUUAAUCUUCAUGAUUCUCUGCGUCGAUUUUGCAAUUCGGACACGCUCUCGAUACAGAUCCCUCGGUUCCGCAGCAUUCGAUCAAAACCCCGCUUUUAUAACCCUUCGCUCUUCCAAAGGCUUCAAGGGAUUUGUAAUCGCUCUUGCUCUUGCUACCAUAUGUGUCUUCUGGAGAUCUGUGUACAGAGUCGCCGAAUUGGCAGAAGGGUGGACGGGAAAUCUCAUCAGGAAGCAAAAUCUAUUUAUUGGAUUUGAAGGUGUUAUGGUCAUUGUGGCCUGUUUUGCACUGAACCUCUUUAAUCCUGCAAUUACAUUUAAAGAGGCAAUGACCGGAUUGGGUGGUCUAGGUACGAAGAAGAAGAUGAAGAAACAGGAAGAGUCGAGAGAAAAGACUAGCGAAGGGAUUAGCGCUAGUAACAGUGAUGUUGAGGCUGCUAAAAUGGCAUCUGCUUAGAUUUUUAUGCGAUUUUAUUUUUUCUAGGGUUUGGAAAUGGAUUUAUGAAUAAUGUUUCUUAGAGUACAUAAACCUUUGCAAUAGUUUUUAGAAGAUAUACAUAUAUAUGACAAUAUUUUAUGAUUAGGGUGGC